AUGGGUUCAAUAACUCCCACUCCUCUCCCACAUUUCGAAGUCCUCAGGGAUACCAAAUCAAAUGACACCUCUAUGCCCGCCUUCAUGGUCUCAACAACCAGAGGAUUCCUUCCACGCGCCGAACCUAUCAUCACCCUUCCCUUCGAAUUCGACGUUCUAGAAUCCAUCCUCCAACGCAUGCCCAUCAAGACUCUCGAUGGCAAGCCAGGUCUCCUAGCCACUUUUACCCUUGGAGAAACGGUUCUCAAUGAGCUUCCAGAUCUUACUGCUUCGAUCAAUAAGUAUCAGGAUAACUUGCCACUUAUGAAUGCUCUGUAUCGCGAUUACAGUUUCUUGGCGAGUGCGUAUCUUUUGGAGCCGUGUCAUGAGAGAUUUCUUAAAGGUGAGGAGUAUGGACUGGGAAGACAGACUUUGCCUAGGGUUAUUAGUUUGCCGAUUAGUAGGUGCGCUGAACUUGCCGGUUUCAAACCAUUCAUGGAAUAUGCCGGCUCUUAUGCUCUCUACAACUACCGUCUCGAAGACCCAGCCAAAGGUCUCGAAUACGACAACAUCCGCCUCAUCCGCGCCUUUGAACACGGUCUUGACCACACAUCCAGCGAAGCCGGUUUCGUUCUCGUCCAUGUUGAUAUGGUAUCCAAUUCUGGACCAUUGGUCGAUGGAGCCGUCAGUGCUUUGGAAGCAGUCGAGAAGCAUGAUCGUCACAUGUUUGAGGGAGGUUUGAGAAAGGUCUUGGGAGCUAUGACGAAAGUUAAUGCUGUUAUGGAUGGCAUGUGGCAGAAAUCGAAGCCUGGUGAUUACACCUCCUUCAGAACUUUCAUCUUUGGUAUUACCAGCCAAUCGAUGUUUCCCCACGGAGUCAUCUAUGAAGGGGUAUCCGAAGAACCUUUAAGUUUCCGUGGUGAAUCUGGUGCUAAUGAUUCUAUGAUCCCCCUAAUGGACAACCUCCUCCAAAUCCCCAUGCCCACCACGCCCCUAACCACCAUCCUCCAAGACUUCCGCUCCUACCGCCCCGGAAACCACCGCCAAUUUCUCGAACACAUCCAACAAGCCUCUUCUUCUCUAAACCUCAAAUCCUACGCCCUCUCCUCUCCCACCUCCAUCGCUCUCUACCUCCUGUGCAUAGAUCAAGUGCGCGAUUUCCGCUGGCGCCACUGGUGCUUCACGCGCGAAUAUAUCCUGAAAAAAACAAGCCACCCCGUUGCAACAGGCGGCUCGCCAAUCGUGACGUGGUUGCCUAAUCAGUUGGGGGCGGUGCUAGGGGAAAUGACGAGGAUUUGGAAGGAGGUAGGGAAUGGGGGGGAGGGCAUGGGCGUGGAGAUGGAGCGUGUGAGGGAUGUGAUGGAGGCGGUGGGGAGACAGAAGGUCCAGUUGGAGAAGGAGGUUGAGAAGUAUUGUGUGGAGAGGGGUGUGAAUACUGCUUAG